UCCUAGCCCUUACUAUGUGGUCAAGUACUCACGUAUGACUUCCUAGUAGUCACAGCCAUGGAGCGUGGGCGAAGACCAGCCAUUGCUAUAGGUCAGCUGCUCUUACGAUGGCCUUCUGCCGGACGACGCAUUAACCCCGUUGCCGGAACAGCAGGAAGGAACCAGAGGGCCUUUUCGGCUUCCGCGUCUGAUCUAGAACGAUCGGGUCCUUAUCGAGCCGAUCUCUAUCAGAAUAGAUUUCCCGGCGUCCCGUUACGUGAUUUUCGGCUCGAACCAGCUGGCUGGAACGAUUCGCUACCAGGGGGUCUCAAGUUUCGACAUGGUAGCGCUUCCGUUGCGUAUCAGCCUGUCGGUAGCCCGGCCAACUGGUGGAUGAACGCCUUACCUGCUCAGCUGCAAGCCAUCUUCCUCUGAGAUUUCCGGUGCCACGCUCUACAACCGCUGAGAGAGUCCAGCUCAUUCCAGCUCUUUCCGUUCCUUCUGCUGCUAACUUGAGAGGCGGUCCGCUCGAGAGUCCGGGGUGUGGGAGCGCGUUGCCGCUGCUGGCCAGCAGCGUGAAGCGGAAACGGCGGAAGAAGAUGAACAAGCACAAGGAGAAGAAGCGACGGAGACGGGACAAAAACAAGCGAUAGUGUUUCUGAGAGGCUCCCAAGCGCCGUUUCUUCUCCCACUGGUGAUUCUGUCGUUCUGAACUGGAAGGAAAACACUGAUUCCUUGGCUGAAUAUCAAAUCCCAGAUGUGUAAGAAGCUGCUUGCUAGUGCUUAUCAGCUUCCUGUGUCCUUGCCUCUCUCACCAUAUCUUCUUUCACAGUUGAUUCUUCAUCGGUUGGACGAAGGAAUGUAUGCCAUUUUCGUGCUCCCAAGCCUUAUCAAGAUACCCGAGUCCCCAGCAAGUUCUGCAAGAGCUUCAUACGUUGACCAUUUCAUUUCCCAGCAGUUCCGGCUUGUCAUGCAAGAAAUGCUUCUACUGGUGCUUCCACCAUUGGCUUUACAACAUUUUCCACCACUG